AUAAAGGAUGAGCUAAAAGUGCCAAUGCUAAUCACGGUCGUCGGCGAGGCCACGUAUUCACUGAUGUGUGACCUCUGCUCACCGGUGGAUCCUGAGAAGAAGACGUUCGACGAGCUGGUAAGCUUAGUCUCCGAGCACUUGGAGCCGAAGCGGUCCGAAAUAGCGGAGCGCCACGUCUUCAGACUGCGGCGCCAGCGCCCCGGCGAGCCACUGAUGGACGACCUACAGAGUCUCAAGCACCUUGCUUCCACCUGCAACUUUAAAACUAACCUGGAAGAAAACUUAAGAGACCAAUUUGUGUCGGGACUGGUGAGCGAGGCAAUGAGGUCUCGGAUCUUCGCGGAAACAACAAUCAAAUAUAAAGAGGCGGUGGAACUGGCUCUGGCGCUGGAGGCUGCAGAGAAACACGCGGAGGUGAGCGGCAGCGUGGCGGCUGCGACGACCUCAGGUGGCGGCGGCGGCGGCGGCGAGGCAGGCGAGGGCCUGCACCAGGCGAGCGCGAGGCGCGGCGGCGGCGGCAGCGGGGGCGUCUCCCGGCCGCGCUGGCCAGGCCGCGCGGCCCCCGGGGGCGGCGACGGCGGCGGCGGCGGGCCCAGGGCCCAGGCCGCAAUGCAGUGCUGGCGAUGUGGCAAGCCACAUCGGCCGGAUAGAUGCAAAUUUGUGCAUUAUAAUUGUGAUCAGUGUAAUCAAAGGGGUCACCUAAAAGUGAUGUGUAAACAAGUAAAUAACAGUGAUAAUAGAUGGGCCGGGCGGCACCAUUUCGUGAAUGAGGAGUCGGACGAGGACAUGUUUAACAUCGCGGUCGUAGCGCAAGCUGAGUGACGCGGAGGGCGUAUACGUGCGCGCGCGGCCCGUGCCGCUGGCGCUGCGGGCGCGCGUGGAGGCCGAGCUGCAGCGGCUGCAGGCCGACGGCUCGGUGUACCGCGUCCACCACUCAGACUACGGCACCCCCAUCGUACCGGUCGUCAAGGAGAAUGGCGAGGUACGAAUAUGCGGUGAUUAUAAGAUCACAAUUAACCCUAAAUUAAAGAGGGACUUUUACCCUUUACCUCGCAUUGAGGAAUUAUUUGCUAAUUUGAGCGGGGGGGAAAAAUUUUCAAAGAUAGAUUUGAAACAUGCCUAUGAACAGUGUCUUUUAUCUGAAGACUCUCAGCCGUACACGGCUAUCACGACGCACAUGGGUACAUUUGCCUACCGCCGUACCCCGUACGGGUUAUCGUGCAUUCCAGAAAAAUUCCAAAAGUUAAUGGAAGAGACAC